CACGUGGUGUGCGGAUCAGCUGACUCGUCUUCCGGGUCGGUGUUUACUCUGAGCGGUUCCAGUUUUUGGGGUUUUUCCGGUUCGGGCGGAUUCUGUUCAGGUGACUAUGAAUGCCUCUGACAGUGAUGAAGACUUCUACAAUGAGCGAACAGCUCUGGUCCCGUCUGAGAACCCGACUGUGCCCUCCUAUAACCUGGACUCAGACCCGCCCUCCGACCUCCCACCCAGAAGGGUCCAGCAGGCUGUGGCCAGGAGGGCAGGGCCAGUAGCUGCAGAUGGUGGUGGCAGUUCAGAUCAGGAGGUGGAGCCAGACGAUGAGGAGCUGACCCUGAAGUAUGGAGCCAAACAUGUCAUCAUGCUGUUUGUUCCUGUCACGCUCUGUAUGGCCGUGGUUGUUGCUACCAUCAAGUCAGUCAGCUUCUACACAGAGAAGACCGACCAACAGCUGAUCUACACGCCGUUCACAGAGAACACUCCGUCGGUCGGUCGCCGCCUCCUCAACUCCGUUCUCAACACCAUCAUCAUGAUCAGUGUCAUUGUGGUCAUGACCAUCUUCCUGGUCAUCCUUUACAAGUACCGCUGUUAUAAGUUCAUCCACGGUUGGCUCAUCCUGUCAUCGCUCAUGUUGCUCUUCUGGUUUAGCUUCAUGUACCUGGGGGAAGUCUUUAAGACGUACAAUGUGGCUGUGGACUACCCAACGGUGGGCGUAAUCAUCUGGAACUUUGGCGCCGUGGGGAUGAUCUGCAUCCACUGGAAAGGGCCCCUCCAACUGCAGCAGGCCUAUCUCAUCCUGAUCAGUGCCCUCAUGGCCCUCGUCUUCAUCAAAUACCUGCCCGAGUGGUCAGCGUGGGUCAUCCUUGGUGCCAUCUCUGUAUACGAUCUGGUGGCCGUCCUCUGUCCUAAAGGUCCUCUCAGGAUGCUCGUGGAGACGGCACAGGAACGAAAUGAGCCCAUCUUCCCUGCGCUCAUUUACUCCUCUGCGAUGGUGUGGACGGUGGGGAUGGCGAGUCCGACAGAUGCCCUGCGGUCCGAAACAGAUGAGGCGGCAGAGCAGAGAGACAGGGAGGUGGAGCCUGAGAGCCAACCAUCAAGAGGAUUUUCAGAAGAUGACAUGGAUGAGGACCGGGGUGUGAAGCUCGGCCUGGGUGAUUUCAUCUUCUACAGUGUUCUGGUUGGAAAAGCGGCUGCGACCGGAGGAGACUGGAACACCACACUUGCCUGCUUUGUUGCAAUUCUCAUCGGCUUGUGUCUGACUCUGCUGCUCCUCGCCAUCUUUAAGAAGGCCCUGCCGGCACUGCCCAUCUCCAUCGCCUUUGGUCUCGUCUUCUACUUCUCCACAGACUUCCUGGUUCAGCCGUUCAUGGACAACCUGGCUGCUCACCAGUACUACAUCUGACAGGAGGCCUUGCCCACCUCACCCAUCUCCCCCUCCUCAUCAUUCUGCUGAUGUAACGCACAAAGACUUCUGUCUGAGUCUGUUUGGUGACGUGUCCUCUGAACCUCAGGAAGUGAUGUAACGUACAGUGAGCAGCUCACCUGGUUGGUUUUCACCUGCUGAAACUCCACCUUUAAUCCUGAAGCUCAGUCUGUUUCCAUGCAGACAAAUUAAAGCCUCUGUUACUGAAACUGCCUCUGACUGGCUGAUGCUUCUGUUGAAUGCUCCAGGUUUUAACCCUCUACUGAGUUGGAAGUUCAAUUUAACACACAUGGAAAUGUAAUAAACAUGGAAUCAGCCCUAAAUGUGAAGAUGAAUACAUGUGACUGGUAUGAAGGAAUCAACUGAUGGGUUAUCAUUAAAAAUACAGGAGCUCAAUAACUGAAAGGGGAGGGGCAUCAGUGUAAAAAAAAAAAAAGUUAAAUCAUUUAUUAAAUUGGAAACAACUGUCUUCAUUUCACUGUUGACUGACUGGUAUUCAUGACAUGUACCCAAUCAGAGCAGUGGGCGGGACAUUUUAUUUGACCAGAUUAAAUAUCAAUCGUUAGUCGAUCGUCACCUACAGACCACGAAGACGAUAAAACCACAGGAACAUAUGACGUCUGUAAAUACAAAAUGCUGUAUGGUUCAUGUACAUGUUUUCACUAAAUAUGUCCAAUAUAUUUAAUUAAAUUCACUAGACACACACAUCACGUUUUUGUAUUUGUUGAUUUCAUUCAAACCUGCUCAUUUUAACAGUUUUUAAGGUGGAUUUUUUUUUUACAAAGCCUUCAGGUGUCUGGUGUAAAACAGUUCCAAAUAUGUCACUUUAUAAUAACUACAUUAAGACAAAACUCAAUUGACAUUUGAUGGAAACAUGACGUCUGCAACAGAACAAGCUCCGAUUUUCAUCUUUUGGUUUGUCUUCGAUGAACCCAGUCGACACAAACCAAACUUCACUCAUGAACCUGUUAGUUUUAGAUGAAGCUGUAAUAACUCGUGUCCAGAGGUCUUAGGUCAUGAUGGGGUUAAUAUAUAUUUUAUAGGUGGUGAUUCAGGUUUAGUUAUUUUUGUACCUGAAACUAGUUUGUUUUCAUUGUUUUGUGGAAUAAAGUUAAAGAGAAAC